CCUACAAUUUUAGUUGGCCAUCAGAACAGUAGCCCAGCUCAGCCCCAGACCAUCAUUCAGUACGGUGUCUGGUCUUAAGAUUCCUUCCGUCUUCAAACUUUCUGUAAAUUCUGUGUGCUGCCUUCAGCCUUGUUAGACAGCUCAACUAUUGAGAUUAAUAAGUACCAUUCGCCUCAUCCUUCAGAGCUAUCAUUUGGCGACUUAAGUCGUCUGUACAGUCACGCAACCGCAACUGUUUCUCAGUCACUCAGGAAGUUAGCGAUCCUCGUUACUAGCAAUCGCAACUGUUGCGGAAUUUGGGAGCGAUGCAGUGCAACGCGUGUAACGCAUCGUUCGACGAUGGGCCGUCACGAAACGCCCACUAUCGCUCCGACUGGCACCGCUACAACCUGAAGCGAAAGGUAGCGGGUCUCCCCGGGGUGACAGAGCAGUGGUUCGAGAAGCGCAAGGAGGCCGUCGCAGCCGCCGCAGCCGCCGUUGCUGGGGGAAAGCGGGGCGCCGUCGCUGCGGCAACAGCAGCCGCCGCCGCCGCCGCAGCAGCCGCGUCAGGGGACAUUGCAGCAGCGGAAGCCGGGGGGCCCUUGAGUGGGGGCGCGGAUGGGGUUGCGCCUGGGGGGAUUGCGCUUGGGGGGGUUCCGCCUGGCGGAGCGCCAGUCGCUGCUGGAGGGUGGUUGAUAUACGAGUGUGUCGUUUGCAGUAAGAAGUACAAUAGCGAAUCAGCUCAUGCGAGUCAUUUGCGAUCCAGGCUACACGCGUCCAAGGCUGCAACCGCUGUGGCAGCCGCACGGGCUGGUGCUACUGGGGCAGGCAUUAUCGGGGCAGGGGUUCAGGGUUCAGGGGUUUUGGACCCGUCUAGGCCGGUGAUUCGGAGGGUUGAGGCGAAACCAGUGGUUGUGGCGGUGAGGGGGAAAGACGCGGGAGUUAAGGAUAAGGGGAAAGGGGUGGUGGAGGAAGGGGAGGAGGAGGAAGAGGAAGAGGAGGAGGAGUGGGAGGAGGUGGAUGAGGAGGAGGCCGCGGCGUUGCUGGCAGAGGGAGGGGAGGAGGUAGAAGAGGAGGGAGAGGGAAGCAAGGAGGGAGAAGGGGAGGAAGGGAAGGAAGGGGAGGAGGGGGAGAAGGGUAGAGGAGGAGGGGGAGGAGAGGAGUGGGACGUGUCUCAGUGCUUUUUCUGCGACAAGAAAAGCAAGGGGGGGUUGGACGAAUGCGUCGAGCACAUGCACAAGCACCACGGGUUCUUCAUCCCCGAUAUGGAGUUCCUCACGGACCUGCAAGGGAUGCUACAGUAUCUGGCGGCGAAAGUCACCCAGGGGCGCAUGUGCCUGUGGUGCGAUGACAGGAGCAAGCAGUUCAGCUCGGUGGAGGCGGUUAGAGCGCAUAUGGAGGCGAAGAGCCAUGGCAAGCUGCGGUAUGGGGAUGGGUCCGGCAUCGCUGAGGAGGAAUUAGAAGACUUCUACGACUUCAGCAAGAGUUAUGAGGAAGGCACGAGCCGUGAGCUGAUUGUGGCUGAUGACGUUCGUCCGCAUGUGGCCUUGACCAGCGGGGGCAUGGAGCUGAUCAUAUUCAAUGCCGCAGCAGGAAAGGGGGGCAGGGGUGCGGAUAAGGGUGCAUGUGGCACGAAGCGUGUGAUUGGCUCGCGGGAUCUCGCGAGAUAUUACCGCCAGCGACCGAAACCGACUGGCGACAGCAACACACGACUUGUGGCUUCUGUGCUCGCCAAGUACCGAGCCAUGGGUCUGGCCACACGGCAGCUGGGCUGGCGGACUGCAGAGCAGCAGCAGCAGUUGAAGCAGAGGGAUGCGACAUCUGUUGGGCGGCAGAAAUUCGAGCGCCUGCGCACUAGUGUGGGCAUCAGCAACAAUGUCAACUGGAACCUCCCCAAGAAUGUGCCGUAUUAGAUGCUGGCUGGUCUCGUGUCAACAGUUGCUUUUCACAGCAGAUCAGCAGAGGCAGCUGAAGGGGGGGGGCACAGUAGCAGUGGGACGGCUCUGCAGAGGGCUGAGCAGAUGUGCACUAGCAUGGGCAUCAGGUCAGGAACAAUGUCAACUGGAAUCUCCCCAAGAAUGUGCUGUAUUAGAUGCUGGCGUGGCUUGCUUCAACGAUUGCUUUCUGGAGCAGGAGCAGCUGGAGAAGAGGGAGGGACACGGACGGCAGCAGUGGGGCGGCAGAGAUUUGGAUGCAAGCGCACUAGUUCUGAAAUUGUCACAUGGAAUCUUCUCCCCACGAAUGUGUCAGCUGAUAGUUACCAACUUGUGUUUUUCAAUGUCGGUUGCCUGCGAAGGUAAUUUCAAAUUAGCUCUACUUGUGCAAAUUGUAGCCUUCCAACGAGCAUCUUCCAAAGCAGUAGUGACCAGGCAGGUCACAAGCAGGCCCCCAAAUUGCAGACUUUUUACUCUGAUGCAGACUUUUUUCAGAGUUUUUUGGGGGGUGUACUCUGAUUGGGAAGACUUUUUUUUGUACCUU